GCAAAUUGAUUAUGAUGCGCUCGACGUAGAAUUGUUUUGCUCGGUACAGGAUUUAGUUCGUGGUCCCCCAAUUUUGACAAAUUUGAUUCCUUCGGAGUUACAAAAUUUUAGAACGCACAUGUUGGGCGCUAUGAAAAUUCUCAUUGAUACUCCGCCUUCUGCGCCAAAUCUGGUCUCUACAGUACUUGAGCAACACAUUGAAGCAUAUGGUCAAGCAUCCAAGGAGGAAUCAAGUGUUGACUCACAAGUUGGAGAUGAAGUGGACACCGAGCCCGAAGCAAUAAACAAAGAUGACGGGGGGUCCAACAUUGUGGGAAAAAAUGAAGGUCCUCUUGUAGAAGAUGUUGCUAAUGUCGACAAGUCAGAUUCUACUUUUCAGGAAUUUUAUACCUCAGCUGGAGUAGUCAUUGCAAAGGAUGAUGUUCCAAAAAGUGUUGAAAAAGUGGCAGAUGGAGAUGCUAAGCAAGCAUGCUCACCUAUUUUGAUUGACACCAUCAAAUUAUUUGAGCUUGCCGAUGUUGUCCCGUAUGAGCACCGGGGUUCAAAGAAAAUAGUUCAAGGCAAAGGAGCUACAUUUGGGAAGCUGUUGGCAGCCAUGGCUUAUAUUCCUCCCCACAAGCGCCACUCAAGCUGCACUCCGGCGCCGGAGUCUCAUCUGCUCCCUCGUUUCCGCGCAAACUCAAGCGGCCGAAAUUCAAGCGGUAGGAGCACUCAAAAGGUCAAGGGUUCCAAAAUUGUUUACGCAGACGCCGCGAUUUCCAAGUGGUUCGCGAUCGGCUUGCUCAACACGGGUAACGAAGCUGAAUCGUCCUCGAAAUUUUCAACUCUCAUCGGAUUCGAGCCUGUAUCUGCCGAUUCCCUCGCCAGAAAAUCUGGUGAAACCCCCUUCGCUUUGGUUCUCAAAGGAGACGCUGGUGAUAGAGAUGAUGCUUUUGUGGAAUGCCCGUGGGAUUGUAUAGUUGAAAAUGUGAAGAAUGACCUUCUUUUAUCAUUUGAAAGGGUGAAAAAUGAAAUCCAGGAAAAUGAACUUGAAGAGGUAAAGCCUACUCUGGUUGCCCGUGUCGGAAGAGUUCUCUUUCACGGGAAUCCUCCACCUUUAGAAUCAUGGACUGAAAGCAGUUUGAGAAAAUUGAAAAGAUCAUUUUAUACUAAUCUUCCAUCUUCGUAUGUGGAGCACAUAACAAGCGAAAUUGUUCAUAAAGUUGGGCUUACUUUUGAGGGAGAUAAGGAGGUUUACCAAGUGAAGAUUUCUGAUAAUUUACGGCCUGAUUCAACUAUCUCCUGUAAAUGUGCUGUGGGACAAGAUCAUAAAAGCAUUGAACACUACAAGGCAUGUUCCAUGACAGUACUUUGGUAAUAUACUAAUAUGUAUGCUUGCACCAGAGUUUGUGUGAAUGUAUUUAUUUUGUCAGAAAUCUGCGCUGAACAAAUUGUACAAUAUUCU